UCUCGACAUGGCCCUCACUCUCAAAUCUACCGUGGCCGUUCCAUUCACGAACUUCGCCAUACCGAUCCUCGGCCUGGGAGUAUUCCGCAACGACAACUGCAAGCCUGCGUGCUUGGCCGCCCUCGCACAUGGCUACAGGCAUAUCGACUCGGCGAGGAUGUACAGGAAUGAGAAGCAAGUGGGGGAGGCCGUUAGGGAGAGUGGUGUACCGCGCGAAGAUAUUUUUAUAACCUCCAAGAUCUACCAGCUCGAAGGAGGAUACCAAGGCGCUUUGUCACAAAUCGACGACUCCUUGAAGAAUUUUGGAUUCGGUCCUCCAUAUGAUCGCGCGCUGACGGAGCGGCGUCGAGCAGAUUACAUUGAUCUCUACUUGAUCCACAGCCCGAUCGGUGGCAAGGAGAACCGCGUCGAAACGUGGAAGGCACUCUUAGAUGCGAAGAAAGCCGGAAAGCUCAGGGGCGUUGGCGUCUCCAAUUAUGGCCCGAAGCACAUCGAUGAAAUCCGCGAAGCCGGACUUGACUUGCCGUCUGUCAAUCAGGUGGAGCUUCACCCGUUCUGCCAACAAAAGGAGAUAGUGGAUUACUGCAACAAGAGCGGGAUCCUUGUGGAAGCAUACUGCCCUCUCGUCAGAGGCAGCUUCGGCGACCCUGUAUUGCAGGCCCUGUGCAAAAAGUACAACAAAGACCCCGCGCAGAUUCUUGUGCGCUGGUCGCUCCAGCGAGGAUUUGUCCCUCUGCCCAAGUCAGCGAAACCUGAGCGCGUGCGGUCCAAUGCCGACUUGUAUGAUUUCGAGAUCAGCGAAGAAGACCUGGCAAAGUUGAACUCCCUUGAUCGUGGCAAGGCUGGUGCGAUCUCAUGGAAUCCUGUCGAUACAGAGUGAUGUAGGGUACAUUGUAUCCCGGAUCCUCGAAGAUAAAUAGAAAUGUAAGUUAAGCUG